AUCGGCGGUGGGAGACUGGUCUCCGGGACACGGCGGAGGCUGCGACGUCCUCCUGCAACCCUACGCCCGCAGGGGCCGGAGCCCAGGCCCGGCUGCCCCGGGACAGUCCCAGGAAUGGCACAAGUUCAUGAAAAGACUGAAGUCCCAAAUUUAUUAACAUCAGAGAAUGUUAAUCUGGAGGUGUCGUCCACCAUUCAGCCAGCCGGUGAGAGUGAAGCGUCUUUACAGGAAGCAGAGAAUGCUUGUGAAAUGCAGUGUGACCAAAAUCCAGUCCUGUCACCCAAAAGAGCAAAUGAACAUGAAACUCACAAACCGCAGCGGAAGCAGAGAAAAAAACUGAAUAAACGGAGUCUAACUGAUGCAUGUGAAGUGACUACCUCAGCUUCUCAUCUUGAGCAGAUUCUUUCAGAGAGUGAACACACGGACACUGAAACAACACAACACAGUAAAAUUGAUAAUAAAACCACUGAUUAUUUUGCUGACACUGAAGAUGUGGCCAAUUUUCAAAAGUCGACCAGUGGAAAUGAUAAUCUAGAAGAUGCUGUAGGUGAUGACCAUUCCCCCAAGUCAACGGACAAGAAUCAAAUGCCAGAUAGUUACAGUUCAGUCAAAGAAGAGCCAAAUUCAGGCUUGGAAUCAUCCAAAAGUGGCAUUAUACCCAGUGAGAACGAAGAUCAAGGUGCUAUAGCUACUGUAGAGAAGCCAGCACCUCACCCACAGAAGAAAAAGUCAACUGAUUCAAAGGAGGGUAUAAUUUUAACACUGGAAAAACAAAAGGAGAACAAUGGUAAUGUUGAAUCAGCAAAGGAAGUUCAUGGAGGCAAAUCAGAAGCUGCAAAAGAUAAUGCUGGAAGUGACCUUGAGUGUACAGGAGCCAGCAAAGAAAAGAUUUGCAAUCAACAGAACACAAAGAAGGAAGAGAGCAUUCCACUUACUAAGCAGAGAAAAAAACUGAAUAAACGGAGUCUAACUGAUGCAUGUGAAGUGACUACCUCAGCUUCUCAUCUUGAGCAGAUUCUUUCAGAGAGUGAACACACGGACACUGAAACAACACAACACAGUAAAAUUGAUAAUAAAACCACUGAUUAUUUUGCUGACACUGAAGAUGUGGCCAAUUUUCAAAAGUCGACCAGUGGAAAUGAUAAUCUAGAAGAUGCUGUAGGUGAUGACCAUUCCCCCAAGUCAACGGACAAGAAUCAAAUGCCACACAGUCACAGUUCAGUCAAAGAAGAGCCAAAUUCAGGCUUGGAAUCAUCCAAAAGUGGCAUUAUACCCAGUGAGAACGAAGAUCAAGGUGCUAUAGCUACUGUAGAGAAGCCAGCACCUCACCCACAGAAGAAAAAGUCAACUGAUUCAAAGGAGGGUAUAAUUUUAACACUGGAAAAACAAAAGGAGAACAAUGGUAAUGUUGAAUCAGCAAAGGAAGUUCAUGGAGGCAAAUCAGAAGCUGCAAAAGAUAAUGCUGGAAGUGACCUUGAGUGUACAGGAGCCAGCAAAGAAAAGAUUUGCAAUCAACAGAACACAAAGAAGGAAGAGAGCAUUCCACUUACUAAGAGAAAAAAACUGAAUAAACGGAGUCUAACUGAUGCAUGUGAAGUGACUAUCUCAGCUUCUCAUCUUGAGCAGAUUCUUUCAGAGAGUGAACACACGGACACUGAAACAACACAACAAAGUAAAAUUGAUAAUAAAACCACUGAUUAUUUUGCUGACACUGAAGAUGUGGCCAAUUUUCAAAAGUCGACCAGUGGAAAUGAUAAUCUAGAAGAUGCUGUAGGUGAUGACCAUUCCCCCAAGUCAAUGGACAAGAAUCAAAUGCCAGAUAGUUACAGUUCAGUCAAAGAAGAGCCAAAUUCAGGCUUGGAAUCAUCCAAAAGUGGCAUUAUACCCAGUGAGAACGAAGAUCAAGGUGCUAUAGCUACUGUAGAGAAGCCAGCACCUCACCCACAGAAGAAAAAGUCAACUGAUUCAAAGGAGGGUAUAAUUUUAACACUGGAAAAACAAAAGGAGAACAAUGGUAAUGUUGAAUCAGCAAAGGAAGUUCAUGGAGGCAAAUCAGAAGCUGCAAAAGAUAAUGCUGGAAGUGACCUUGAGUGUACAGGAGCCAGCAAAGAAAAGAUUUGCAAUCAACAGAACACAAAGAAGGAAGAGAGCAUUCCACUUACUAAGGGUGAAGAUUCAGGUACUGAUAAUAAAAAGAAACGGCUUCAACAGAGUGAGAAAAAAAGACCGGAGCAGGAAUGCAAGACCGCGGAGGAAAAACAUAUUGAUAAACCUUCGGAAAGCCCAAAGCAGGAAAGUAACAAGGAAUUGUCAAUGACAACAAUAAGCAAUAGUGCUGCUGCGGAUAAAACAUCAUUAAGCAGGAAGGAAAAAAAACAGCAAAAAAAGCAUUCAAAGGAAAUUACUUCUGUCUUAAGUUACACAAAUUUAAAACCUGAAGAAAUGGUUUCCAUUUACUUCCAUGCAAUACUGUCAAAGGAUUUUAAAUUCAAUCCAUGUAAAGAUAAAGUAUUUAUAAGAUCAGGAAGUCUUGCUGAUGACUGGGACACAAACAUAUUGGAAAUGAAUGUAACUAAGGAUUUAGGAGAACAUGGAUACUUAAUUGAAGGGUGCCAUUCUGUUCACAAAGACAAGAUUCAAAAACAACAUCCAUAUAAAUAUGCAGUUAUAAGGGACAAUAUAAUGCAGUACGAAUUUAUUUAUAAGUCUGACUCACCAAAAGAUUGUAUCAUAAAUCGCUGCUUAGUUAUAAACCAACAUUUCCUUUAUGAAAGAGAGUGGCAUCAGUACGAUGAUAUUAUCUGCGCACCACACGAUAAAGGUUGGGCAGAUAAAUUACUUGAUUUCAUCCGAAGUGAAAAAAAUGAUAUAAAAAGAGGAAAACAACUAGCAGGUGAAAUCAUGGUGGAUUCGAUAUUUGAUAUUCUUACACCUUGGAAUGAAAAGAAUUUGAAGAAUUUCCUGCGACAGCUACGGCAAUUCUAUGAAGUAUAUAAAAAUCCUAUGGUUUUUGAAAGAAGGCCAGUUACUUGGUUUUCUCUUUCCUUUGGGAUGAAAGACGUUCAGGAUAUUCUGAAAGAUGCUUUAAAGAAAAUGGCUAGACGUCCAAAUAAUCAAGUUUCAGAAACCAAGACGCAUGAUGUGCAAAGCCGCCUACGAACUGGCAUUCUAAUAUUGGUCCUGUCUGAAGCAUAUGGUCUUGAAUGGUUAAAUUCUGAACUGGCUGAAGUUUGUGAUUUUUUUAGUGUACAACAAUUAUCAGCAAAUAUCAUCACCGUGGAAUUCAAGACUCUCAAAGAAAGUUUCUAUUUUGAACAAAGGAUUACAACAAUACUAAAGCAGAUGAUGGUUAGAUGUAUCGACAACAAAAUAAUAGGAUGGGUGCAAGUGAUUCCGGUUCUGCAUUUAUUUGGUUUUUCAUCCAAUAUAGUGAGCCCAAUUUUUUUUGGAUUAUAGUCAGACUGAAGACAGCUGGGCUGGACUUGAUGGGCUUCCUUUUAUUAUUUUUAGGCAAAACAUUUAUGACACAGUCCAAAGGGAGCUACUUGAACUCAUGAGCAAAAGUAAGCAUUUAAUGGAAGUAGAUCGACUUUUAGCUCGUUCUUGGUUUACCUUAUUGCCAUCAAAAGCUUUGCCAGAUUACUUGAUGAUGAUUACACCUAAUCUGCUCGAUGUUCUGCAAGGAAUCAUUCAUAGAUUGAAGACUAGAUCUAUUUCAAUGGAGGU